CUAUUGCCAAUAAUCAACCUAUUUCCAACUGCCCCAUCAUUCUUUACAUAUGCUUUUACUUGCUAUGAGUUUCUGCUCACCCAGCGUAUUAAAGGCCUCUCACCCUCUCCCUCUCCACCACCUUCAUCACCAAAGCUGCCUUACACCUGCUUUCCUCUAAAAUGAAGAAAUUUGCUGUGAAGGUAGAAGAAGGAAAGAAAGGCAGAGAUGGGAAACCAUCAGUCGGUCCUGUUUAUCGGAAUCUACUGGCCGGAAAUGCUUAUCCACCUGUUGAUCCUAAUUUAUCCACUGCUUGGGAAAUUUUCAGAGCAUCAGCGGAGAAACAUUCUGGGAAUAGGAUGCUGGGAUGGCGAGAGCUGGUAAACGGGAAGUGGGGACCUUAUGUAUGGAAAAGUUACAAGGAAGUGUACGAAGAAACUCUGCAUGCUGGUUCUGCCUUGCGUGCUCAUGGUUCUGAACCUGGUGCUCGAGUUGGAAUUUACAGCUCCAAUUGUCCUCAGUGGAUUGUGGCGAUGGAGGCCUGCAACGCCCACAGCCUAAUUUGUGUCCCUCUAUAUGAUACCCUUGGCACGGGAGCAGUUGACUACAUAUUAGAUCAUGCUGAGAUUGAUGUUGUUUUUGUUCAAGAUAAGAAAGUGAAAGAACUUUUGAAUCCUGAAUGCACUCAUGCACGAAGGCUAAAAUUGAUUGUUUGCUUCACUUCAUUAACAGAGGAACAGCAGGGUAAGGCUGCCAGUAUUGGCAUAAAGACAUGUUCUUGGACUGAAUUCCUUAAUAUGGGGAGAGAAAAUCCAGUUGAGAUUUCACCGCCAGAACCAUCUAGCAUUUGCACAAUAAUGUACACUAGUGGCACCAGUGGUGCUCCUAAAGGUGUCAUAUUAACCCAUGAAAACAUUUCAACGAACAUAAGAGGUGUGGAUCUUUUCAUGGAUCAAUUUGAAGAUAAGAUGACAGUGGAUGAUGUGUACAUAUCGUUCCUACCCCUAGCUCACAUUCUCGAUCGUAUGAUUGAAGAAUAUUUCUUCCACAAGGGUGCUUCCGUUGGCUACUACCAUGGGGAUAUCAAUGAAAUAAGGGAUGAUCUGAUGGAGUUGAAGCCGACAUUUUUGGCAGGAGUACCUCGAGUUUUUGAGCGAGUUCAUGAAGGAGUCUUAAAAGCACUUGAAGAACUCAACUGGAGGAGGAGAAAAAUUUUCCACAUGCUUUACAAAUACAAACUUUACUGGAUGAAUCGAGGGUACAAACAGAAAGAUGCAUCACCUUUGGCAGAUCUACUUGCUUUCGGGAAGGUCAAGAACAGGUUGGGUGGCAGAAUACGUCUGAUAGUCUCUGGUGGUGCACCAUUAAGCAGUGAGGUGGAGGAGUUCCUUCGAGUUACUUCCUGUGCUUUUGUAGUGCAAGGCUACGGACUGACGGAGAGUUGUGGAUUGUCCACUAUCGGCUUUCCAGAUGAGAUGUGCAUGAUUGGUACAGUUGGUGCGUCAUUUGUAUAUAAUGAGAUCUGUCUAGAAGAAGUCCCAGAGAUGGGCUAUGAUCCGCUUGCAGAUCCUCCUCGUGGUGAAAUAUGCCUUAGAGGGAAAACAACAUUUGCAGGAUACUACAAGAACCCGGAGUUGACGCAAGAAGCCAUUAAGGAUGGAUGGUUUCACACAGGUGACAUUGGAGAGAUGUUACCCAACGGAGUCGUAAAAAUCAUUGAUCGAAAGAAGAAUCUUAUUAAGCUGUCUCAGGGAGAGUAUGUUGCUCUUGAAUAUUUGGAAAAAGUUUACGGCAUUACUCCUAUUGUUGAAGAUAUAUGGGUGUAUGGAGACAGCUUCAAGUCGAUGCUGGUUUCUGUUGUGGUACCGAAUGAGGAGAACACCAAGAAAUGGGCACAGCAGAAUGGACAGAAAGGAUCCUUUAUGGAUUUAUGCUCCCUUGACCAGCUCAAAGAUCACAUCCUCCUUGAGCUGAAGUCCACUGCUGAGAGAAACAAGCUGAAAGGAUUCGAGCACAUAAAAGGUGUAAUUGUGGAGCCUAAGCUUUUUGAAUUGUCUGAAAAGGAAUUGGUGACAGCAACGCUGAAGAAGAGACGAGACAGGCUGCUCAAAAAUUAUAAGGUGGAAAUUGAUGCGCUGUAUCAAACACUAAGAGCAGCCAAGCCAUAGUCAUAUGUAUACUGAGUUGCAGCAAUGGCUUGCCUUGAGUUUGAUAACAGUUGUAAUGGCACUGCAGGCUGCAGCUGAGAAAAAACUGGGAACGUAAUUGCCAUUUUGCAGAAGGACGUUUAUGUGAGAAUAAUUGAGCAUCUAUGUAUCCAUAUUGACAUAUUUAUUUAUGAUGUAAAAGAAAGCAAGUAGGUGAUGAUGGUAGGUGUAAUAACUACUUUGCUGAGUUCAGUUAAACUUCAAUCCUUGUAAUUAAUGGCAUGAGCAAACGUUUAGAGAGAAGAAGCAUUAUUGUGAUGUGAAGGAAGAAGGUUUUCACU